AUCAGGAAAUGGGUGGGGUUCACACAACAUUGAUUUGUACUCUACUAAGUCAGUGUUUGAUGCUGCCUACAUUACAACGUUAUGACGGGUAGGAGUGGGAACUUAAGCUGGUGGAGUCAUUCCAAAACGGUAACUUUGAUCUGGCUCAUCUCUGCAUUCUCCUUCAUCACCUUGUUCCACAUGGUCCUCCACAACUCAUUACAAUCUCUUUCAUCAACUUCUUCGGAUUCUUCCAAUUCAAACAUGGAGCAAAGAUCCAAGUUAUAUGAGAAGAUGGCAAGAGAUCUGGAUGAGCAUGGAGCUGCUUUUCUGAAACAUGGUGAAACAUCUCAGUCAUUGUCCCUUUCAGAUAUCUUCACCCUUAAGGAUGGAUCUGUAACGCCUGUAUUAAAGCCUGCAAAUCCUCCAGUGCGAGCUAAUGUUUUGUAUUUGAGCACUGAAUUCUCUGUCCCCAUCGCGGAGGCUGUCAACAAUAUUUUUAAUCCAUACUUUGAUAAAGCAAUCUGGUUUCAGAACUCUAGUCUGUACCAUUUUAGCAUGUUCCAUGCCUCCCACCAUAUUGUACCUGUACCCGCCACCAAAGAAGAGAUAGAAGCUGAAGCAUCUUCUGUGGAAGCUGUUGCUGCAACUCUCUGCCCUUUGAAAAUUGUUUUGGAUAGGGUUGUUUUGACUUCAACCGGGGUGCUCCUGGCUUGCUGGCAGGUCAUCUCAGGGACAGAUCCCAUAACCAUUCGUUCUAAGUUGAAGAAUGUGCUUCCACAUGCACCACAGAAGCAACUUUAUGAUGCUGCAAUUCUCCACACGUCAUUGGCAAGGCUUUUGGGUCCACCUAAAGCAUCAUCGCCUACGGAACUGCCUAAAACGUCCAAUGAUGUCCAAUUUUUCCACGAGCUAGUUAAUCAACUUAACCGUCAGAUCCGUGGAUUCAAGGCUGUGGUGUCAGAACUCUGGUACGUGGAGGAAUAUGAUGUGCUUGCCCUUGCGCUAAAUGGAAGAAUGAACAUUCGCAAAUUCAAACUCGGGUGCUCAAGAGAAUGAAGCUAGUAGUCUUACACGCACGCGUUUUAAAUUAGUGACUGCAAGCAUAUGCACUAACGGGUAAAAGAACAUACUAUGCAGAAGUCACCAUGAUGUUUUUCUUCUUUGAAUGAAUUAUUAAUGAGUCUAAAUGUAUGAUGUCAUAGAUGGCUAUAUUUUUAUUAUCAUAGAAUAAUGUUGUAUAUGGUCUUAAAUUUCUAUUUGUUAUGCGGUUAUCUUUGCUGAUAUCUGCCACUAGUGUUCUGAUUCCUGUGUCGUGAUGUCUACAAGCUAGAGUGGGCUUUUCACCUGGACUUUUUAAUGAAUUUUGUUGUUAAU